GAUCUGAAGCAACAACGGGAGCUCGCUUGCUGUGAAGUUUAAACUUAUAGGUUGGUAUCUGGUGCUGUUAAAGUGUAGAGUGACUGUUCGUGAAAAUGCCUAAAGUAAAGACAAGCCGCAUUAAAUAUCCAGAAGGAUGGGAGCUUAUUGAGCCUACUUUUCGUGAGCUUGAGGGUAAAAUGAGGGAAGCUGAAAAUGAUCCACAUGAUGGAAAGAGAAAAUGUGAGGCCUUGUGGCCAAUUUUCAAAAUUGCACAUCAAAAGAGUCGGUACGUAUAUGACCUAUAUUACCGGAGGAAGGAAAUAUCAAAAGACUUGUAUGAAUUCUGCCUGGACCAGGGAUAUGCCGACAGUAAUUUGAUUGCUAAGUGGAAGAAGCCUGGUUAUGAACGGCUUUGCUGUCUUCGAUGCAUUCAGCCAAGAGAUCACAACUUCGGAACCACAUGUGUAUGCAGAGUUCCGAAGCACCUGAGAGAGGAAAAGGUCAUAGAAUGUGUCCAUUGUGGCUGUGGAGGCUGUGCUAGUGGUGACUGACCCUUCGCUGUAUGUUUCAUCACUUCAUUCAAACUAAAUUAUGCCAGUUUAUAUCACAUUGGAUUCCUUGAUCCUGUAUUAUGCUAGUUAAUUCUGUCAGUGCAAGAAAAAUACAACGUUUUUACGGUCGUUUAUCUUAGAGCACAAUUUUAAAUUUUGAUGAUUUGUUA